CAUGAUAGCACAAACUGCUCCAUUGCAUGGCCUGAUGUGGAGAGAAGAUGGUGCAUGCGACACUUGGGCGCGAACCUGUAUACAAGGUACCGCAGCAAGUCGCUUGUAAAGAGAUUCAAAGGGCUAUGUCUUCAGAACCAGCAGGCGAAGUUCAACGAGAUAUGGAGAGAGUUAAAUGAGACCACUCGCAAGAUGAUGGCAGACCAGCAAGCAUGGGAGGAUCAACUGCGGGCGCAAAUGGUUGGGGGCCAAACUAUCGUUAGUCGUUCACGUGGUACAUUUAGCCAGUGGAUAGCGGGGAAGCCGGCGGAGCGUUGGGCCCUUAUCCAUGACACUCAUGGUGCCAGGUACUCCAUCAUGACAACGAACAUAGCGGAGGCGUUCAACAAUGUCCUGAAGGGAGUACGGGGCCUCCCGUUGUGUGCCAUUAUUGAGCUCACAUUCUACAGAACGGCGGACUACUUUCGAGACCGUGGUAAUGCUGCUAUGAAGUGCAGCACACGGUUUUCACCUAAGGUGUAGCAAAUCAUAUCAAGAAGGAGGAGCA